CUAGCGACGGCGGAAGGGGAAGCGGCCUGUGCAGCCCGCCCCGGCAGGCAGCGGAGCGCUUGGCAGGGGCCGCUGGUCGCCAUGUCGGCGCUGGCCCUGGAGGAGCUCUCGGCUCUGACGGCUAUUUACUGCCAGCGGGAUGAGUGCGCGGUGCUGGCCGUGUCAGAGACAGAUGGAAUCACAUUAAGAAUUCAAACCAGCGUGAAAGGACUUUUGGAUUCAGAUAUACUGUUAAAGCUGUCAUUUCACUUGCCGGUCAGUUAUCCCUCAAGCCUGCCGAAUAUCUCCAUUAAUUCAGAACAGCUUACAAGGGCACAGUGUAAGGAUGUGAAAGAAAGAUUACUUGAGCAAGCCAAGAGACAUCUUUCUGAACCCAUGGUACAUGAGCUGGUCCUCUGGAUACAACAGAAUAUUAAGCACAUCAUUGGGCAAUCAGAAACUUCAGUUUGCAAUGAAAAAAGUACUUUGUCAAGAUGCAUAAGUACAGAGGAUGGUAUAUGUACUAUCCUUUUGCAUUUAGAUCACAUGAGAGCUAAGGCAAAAUAUGUCAAAACUGUGGAAAAAUGGACUUCAGAUCUAAGGCUGACUGGAAGACUGAUGUUUAUGGGCAAGAUAAUACUGAUUCUUCUGCAAGGAGACAGAACCAGCAUUAAGGAAUACUUGAUUCUUCAGAAAACCUCUAAGGUAGAUGUGGACUCAAGCGGAAAGAAAUGCAAAGAGAAAAUGAUUAGUGUACUGUGUGAAACAAAAGUACAGACAGAGCAUAAAAGGUUUCAGGCAUUUGAAGUCAAAGAAUAUUCAACUUUGGAUGAGCUACAAAAGGAAUUUGAAGCUGCAGGACUUACUGAUCUUUUCUCUGAAUUUGUGCCUGCUUUGUUAAAAUAA